AUGCCUGCCAGAACCCUGGAGGUUAAAGCUCUCCCCCAUUUACAGAGGCAAUGCAUCAUCUCCUAGAGCAAAGUAUGUUCUCUCCAGUAUUAAUAGACUUACUGAGAUGCGUCAAAAACCCCGGCAGAGACACUGAGCAGCACAGCCUGCCUGCCACAGAAAGAUUUACAAUCUCUCUGGCGUAUCAGUGGAGAACAGGACAGUGUGUGUGCACGCACACAGACAAAGAAGGAGGAAGGUGAGUCCAACCCCCAGCAGCAGGGCCAUCCUUCUGCUGCUGGAUUUUUCCAGCCAAAGCAUCUUACCGUCUCUCUGCUGCAAUUUAUGGAAAUUGAUUUCUGACGUGGGGCUUUUUCUGCUACAGCAGGGACCCACCGGGUGGAGGAGGCAGAGCUGCAGUCAGGGCAGGAGAAGGGAGGGAGGAAAGGAGCUGGGCACAGGGGGAAAGCCAGAGAGAGAGAGAGAGAAGGGUGCGUAGGUACUACAGCGAUGGGGCAGUUAUAACUGAGACAGAUGAGAGAAGGAGCAAGGGAGAGCAGAGAUCCCGAGUGAGUCAUAGGAGGGCAGACAAGCCCAGAGAGCGCUCUGCCAUCCCAAGACAGACCUGCCCAGCUGGACUCUUAACCAUGAGCACGAGGGAGACCUGUGCCCAGGAAGUGGGGCCAGAGGAUGGGGAGGAAAAGCAGAGCAAAGACGCUCAGGAUCCGGACAGAAGGCCGCGCGAGGUGGAGCUGCAGGAUAAAGCCAUCCUGCAACAGAAGAGGCGCCUGAAACAGGCCACCCAGUUUGUGCACAAGGAUUCUGCUGACCUGCUGCCCCUGGAUGGCUUAAAGAGGUUGGGCACCUCCAAGGAUCUGCAGCCCCACAGUGUGGUACAACGGCGCCUCCUGGAGGGGAAUCUGAACAAGCUGCGGGGGGAGAGCAGGGAAUAUACCACAUGGGUUCAAUCCCCACUGGUGAAGGACAAGGAUGACAGGGCAGAAAAGAAAGAGAACGACAGAAGGAAAGAGACUGUGUCCCUGCUCGUACACUGCAAGUGCCAAGGUCAGGUAUUGAGAGCUGCUGUUAACACUGGCUGCCAGCAAAACCUCAUUUCCAUGAGCUGUCUGAAACGGCUGGGGCUGGAGGAAGUGUCCGAUGCUGGCAAUGGGAAUCUCUCCCUUCCUGUCCCUAGUGUCGUUGGCCAGGUGGAGUGUGUGGAGGUGCAGCUUGGCCAGGAGAGAGUGGCGUGCUCAGCGCUGGUCGUGGAUGAUGACAUGGUGGAGUUCUGUCUCGGCCUCCAGACUCUGCUGUCUCUCAAGUGCUGCAUUGACUUGGAGGAAGGAGUCCUGAGGCUGAAAGCCCUGAGUGAAGAGCUGCCUUUCUUACAUGCCUCUGAUGAGCAUGGGCAGUGAUGGGCCGGCUCCCCACAUCCACAGGGAGGAGACUCUGUGGCUUACCAGGGAAACCAGCAGCUGGGGCUGACACACCUGGACCUUGCUGAGUCCUGCGCUGAGGCGUCCAUGGGGGAGUGAGGGGUAAACAGGAGCCAGGUGCUGUCCCGCUGUUGUUGAUGCAAGCUGGCCUCUUGUAUGGAGAGUUCUUCCUCCCUGCAAUGGACCCUCCUGCUUGUCCCCAUGUGCUGAGUGGAUAUUUGUUCUCAUUUCUCUCUGUGUCCCCAUUCUCUCGCUGGUUUCUGCUUCUGCCCUUUUAGUGACUUCUUUUUACACUGCCAUGUAUUGAUAACAUAGGUAGUGUCACUGCGAGCAGUCUCCAGGGGUUCCACCUGCAGAGAGAUGAUGGCUUCUUCUAAAGCCUCUGAAGAUUGUUUUAAAAGUUUCCCUUCCCUUUUGGCCACAGAUCUCCCUGGAUAGGAGGGGCCUCUCAAUCCCCUGCUGAAUGGGAAGGGCCCUGUGGCCAAUCCUCCCUGUCCUCUGAAGAGCUGGAUUUCAUUACCCUGCACUGGCUCCGAGCAGAUUGGAAGGAUUUUACUGGAAGCAGCUUAAAUUGCAGUCACUGCAUUUUGAGAGUUUUCAUUCAAAGCAGGAAGACUUCUAGGAAAUGCUGAGCUGAAACACUUUGGCAGCGUUUGAGCAUACAUAGGCGCCAGGCCUGGCCAGGCCAGCCUUAGCUACUAGACUCCGUAUUGUAUGAGCUCAAGUGCUAGUUUCUCCCCGUUAACUGUAGUAACUGGGCUGACAUCCCACCAGCCGUGAGCUCCAGUCACCAGAUUUACACACCCAUCAACUCUGCUUCUUCACUCUGAGCUCCAGGGAUUCAACUUAGAUACCACAUGAACUCCAGGCCUACACCUGCCAUCGACUCUCCUCCUCCAGCCUGGACCCUGGCGAUUUGACACAGAGACACCAUCAACUUCAACCACUGGACUUCCAUACCCCAUUGACUCUACAUCUCCUGCAUGAAAGCAAAGAACCUGACCCAUUCCCAGUAUCAGCUCAGGUCACAGAGUUACGAACUCAUCUGGGAUGGACAGGACCUUUGGUGGGUCACUUAGUCAUUUCUUCUCCAUACAUGUGGGCCUGAUUUCAUUACCCUAAAAGCAUCGCUGAUAGAUGACUAUGUAGUCUCAAGAGACAGACACACCGCCACCAUUCUGGGCAGCUCACACCUUUCCCAAAUGGAUGUAUUGGUUAAUUUUUGUUUCUAAUCUUUAACUAAAAUUUUCUGUUCUACAAUUUGUGCCCAGUUACAUCUUGCCUCCUCAGCGACUAAUGAGAAUAAUUGAUGCCAGCCCUCUUCAUAACAUCCCUUCAUCCACUUGUAGAUGGUUCUGACGUCCCCUCUCUGCCAUCUUUUCCCUGGACCUAAUUGGGUCUCUUUGUGGGUCUCACUUGUCAAACAUUUUAUUAUUUCUCCUGUGCUCAUUUGAGCGCUCCAAUUUAUUUAUCUGUCCUUUUUUUGGUAAAAGGGUUGCCCUAAACUGGAUGCAGGACUCUGAGGCUUAACCAGUGCUAAGAAGAGUGGAAUAAUUACCCUGCUAAUUUUACAUAUAAUACUCCUGUCAAUGCGACUCAGAAUGGCUUGUGCUCCUCUUAAUGGCAGUGUUGUACUGUUGACUCUUAUUCAGUUCAUCACCCAUUAUAUCCUUCUCUCUUUUCCU